UCAACAGAGGAAGAAAACCGGACAGCAGCACACAAUGCAGUUUGACUGCUACGGGUUAUCCACAGAGGCUUCAUGCAUGUCUCAGCUUCCCAAAUAAUAUGAAGAAAUCCACUUAUCCCAUUUUGACAAUCGGGGGCGAAAAGUAAGCUUUCGUAAGUCCAUUUCCACGUUACGCUCGAGAGAAAUCCAGCUCCUGCUGCUUAGACCGGCGAAAUCUCCAGUCUUCACCGCUCGGUGAACAACACAGUGGGCCGCAGAAGGAGGAGCCCGGCCUGCGCUGACGGGGCUGCGCUCAACAUCAUUGACGGUGCAACUCCAGCCCGAGGCUUCAGGGCCUGUUUUUAUUAUUAUCGUUAUAAAUGGAGGCUCGAAAGAAAGCAGAAGUCAGAGGAAAAUGACCCUCUGUACAGCUCAAGUGAUGAACGUGACAAUGUCUUGACAGAAAGACAGUAACUGGAAUGUUUUAAAGCAUUAAUAAUCAGUGUGUUGUUGGAUUAAACAGGCCCGGCGAUGCCCAGACAUGACUGUGCUCAGACUGCAGUGUCCUCACACCAUAAAGCCUCCACUUGAUUCAAUUAAAUUAUAAGAGGAAUAGAAAAAACACAUUUUCAUCAGAGAUCCACAACACUUGUCCAAGGGGCCUUGGGUAUUACUUAUUGCUAGUUGUAAACUCUCCCAGGCCAGACCAGUGUGUGCUUUCUUAUAAAGUGCCUUUAUACGGUGCAUUGACAUGGAUGGUCCCAGUCGAAGCGGAGGGUUCAGGCAGAGCCGUCGCUCCCGCUCCCGGCGCGACAGAGAGCGGCGGCGGAGGAGAGAGGAUCUCGCUGAACACAGGGCCUCAUCGCCGUCCUCGGCCUCGGACCAAGAACUCUGCAGAAGAGACUCUCUGCUCGGAGCUAACGGUGGAGAAUGCAGACCUGGCUUCCCUGGGGUCCGACACAGGCCUCCACGUCGGAGGAAGCGAGAAUCAGUGUCCUGCGAGGAGGAUAUAAUAGAUGGAUUCGCCAUAGCCAGCUUCAUAAGCCUGGAGGCUUUGGAGAUGGACAGUUCUCUAAAGCCAGCAGAACGAUCUGGCUUGUUAAUGGGUAGAGGAAUCAAAAGGAAGAGAGCCCUAGAUGAAAACGGAGGGCCUCUGUCAGAGCCAGAGGAAGGACCUCCCGCAACGUACACCAACAGUUGGGAGCAGCGCAGGAAAAUGAAAUCUAAACUGAAGAGAAAGGGAGCCGCUAAGGUGUCAGGGAGUCAUAUGGAGACAGGAUACAUUUGUGAUACAGAGAGUGAGUCAGGGGAUAAGGCUUCUGACAAUAUGGAACCAGCAUUCAUCGUCUGUACAAGGGAAGGUAAAAAUCUGUUGCAAGCAGUUAACUCCAUCUCAGCAAGCUCUGCUGUUGGCAAUGGUUGCCCUCUCUUGCCCUCGAAUAGCUCUUUACCCCUUCUGUCAGUCACACCCCGGGUCUCUGGCCUGGAGAGGAGUCAGGAGAGGAGUAUGGAGCAGCCUUACCCUGAGCCUAUUUCUACCUCAUCCUCACUCCCUAGCCUGAUAGGCCAUUCCACUGCCUCUGUCUCCACCUCAAUUCCUGAUCAGCGUAAUGGAAAUGGUGGUCCCCAUCACCGAUAUGGUCCUAGCCCACCACGGCGCACAAACAAGCCUUUUCUCCCUUUCCCUGGAAAGUCACAAUCGAUCUUUACAAUGGGCAGCAACAACAGAAGCAGUACCUCAGGCAAGCCUCCAUCUUCAUCUGCCUCUUCAUUAUCAAUCAGACCACCUACUCCUGCUACAAGUGUGUCUCUUGGUCGAGGCCCAGGGGGUGUGGGGACUGUAAGACCCUCCUCUCGACCAAGUCCUGGUGCCAUCUUCACACCGUCCCCCAGCCUUCCCCCACCUCCUCCUCUUCUUCAGGUGUCACCACACCCUUCGACAGACCAGGAUCUUAUCUGUCAGGACUUGCCAGAAUCCAGUGCACCUGGAGGACCGUCGGUGUCAAGCUCAAGCUCUGGGACCUCCAGCAGAUCCUCACAGGCCCAGACUUCCAUCCCCACGAUGGCCUACCAGUUCCAUCAGCACAAUCACCAGCACCAGCACACUCAUACUCACCAACACUUCCUGCAUCAUACAGCACCAGCACCACCACUGUUUGAAAAGUAUCCAGGCAAGAUUGAAGGCCUCUUUCGACACCCAAAGUUUUUUCCUCAGUACCCACCAUCUGUGCCUGGAAUACAGCCUGUUCUUCCACCCACUGGACCUUUCAGUUCAUUGCGGGGAGCUUUUCAGCCUAAGCGAGAUCCUCCAAGUCAGCAACAACCUUCGUCAGCAUCACAGACAUGUUGGACAGUUGAUGCUGGAUUUCCCCCGCCGCACCGUCCAAACCGAGUCCCUGGUCCACAGGCCCGUCAGAGGUUUCAGCUUGAGCACCUUGUUGCCAUUCAGGGAGCUGCUCCUGAAAUGACUCCUGGUUUAGGAGUUGUACCUCCCCAUCUGCAACCUAAAACUACAAGGCUUACAGACCCAUUUGCACCACCACCGAAAGUCAGUAAUAAGCCUGGAAAAUGGUGUGCUAUGCAUGUCCGUGUUGCCUGGAUGAUUCUAAGGCAUCAAGAGAAAGUCAAGCUUAUGCAGGCUGAUCCUCAAAAGCUGGACUUCCGUAAUGACCUGCUGACACGACUCCCUGGCCCUGGUAUUGGAGGACUAGGAGGUCUAGGGCAACUUGGUGGUCCCCUUGCACCAACUCAUGAUCUUACAAGACCAGGAAGCCUGUUUGCAGCAGCUGGUGGAGUCAAUCCGUCCUCCACACCAUUCAUGCCUCCAUCAACGCCCCACUCCUCUUUCCUCACCCCAGCAGCACAUCUGGAUCCAUAUGGUCGUUCACCCCCCUUCACCUCUCUGGGAGCCUUGAGUUCUGGUGCCUUUGGGGGCUUAGGCAGCCCUACAAUAGCUGCCAGUGUUUUUGGACACAAGACUGAGCCCUCUGCAAGUGCGGUUGGAGGUUUAGGUAACCCCCAUGACCCAUGGAAUCGUCUGCAUGUUACCCCUGCCUCUUUCCCCUCUGGAUCCUCUUGGGCUAAAGGACCUGAGAAAAGAGAUGACAGAGGAAAGGACAUGGAGAGAAGAGAGCUGACUCAUAUAAAAGAUGAAAAGGACAGAGACAGUAUCUUGUAUGGACGCCAGUCAAUGCGAAUGUCACCUGGUGUCCCAAACAUCAAGCACCGCAGCAGCACCCCCAGUUCACAUAUGAAUGGCUUGGGGUCACUGAGCGGAGGUGGGGUGCAGUCUGACAGCCAAAGCAGAGAACGUGAUCGUGAAAGAGAGGCAGACAAAAGACAACAUUCUGCAUCUAGGGCAGCAGCAUCAGCUUCCUCUGCUGCACCAGACAGACCUCGAUCUUCAACGUCUUCUACUGUCACAACCCCUCCUAGUGCACCCUUAGCCCAUUCUCCUCUGGAUCUGUUUCACCGGCAGCCACCACACACACUCAGCACAGAAUCUAGCCAACCUUCACAAAGAGAGAACAAUGGUCCAGCCACUUCGUCCUCUGCUAGUUCACAUCCAGUCAAGAAACCUGACCGGACCACAACUCCGGUAUCCAAACCUGCAUUUGUUCUAACCUCUGGGUUGCUCCUCCCCCAAGUCAAGGUCAAAGAAGAGCGUAAAGAGGAGCCUGAGCCAGUGCCCAUCUCUUUACAACAUCAUGCUGUACCUCCGCACAGCUUUGAGCGGCCCAGUAGUCGACAUCCACACCAUCCAUCCACCCCAUCCUCAACCCUCUCAUUGACUCCUACACCUGGCGUGCCUCUUCCUCCUCAAACUCAACACCCUGCCCACCAUUUAUCCCUCUUAGAUCGUACACGAGCUAUUGAUGCCUAUCUUGGGGGUGCUGGAGGCUCAGCUGGACUGGUAAUCGGUGCUGACCGCUUCCCACCACAUCCACAUGCUGCUCCUCAGGGUCAUUCCCAAGCCACUCACAGCUUUCCCUGGGACCCCUGGAGGGAUCUGGCUGUCCAACAACAGCAGCAACGAAGAGAGGUAUUGGCUUUAAGGUCAGAUCCCCACCUUGCACUUCGCUCUGAUCCACACUUGUCUCGACUGCUCCAGCAUCAGCAGGUUCAUCGCUACUUGGAGGCAGAAAGAGCAGCAGUUGCAGCAGCUGUGGCAACCAGCCCACACCAUCCACCAGUACCUACCUCUACGUCCUCUGCUUCGUCCUCAGCAAACAGGCCAGAGUUUGGUUUGAUGUCCCAUCCAUUCGAUGAGGAACAACGUGCUCAGAUACUGCGGGAAGACUUUGAGAGAGCACGGUAUUUUGGGAUGCACCCACAUUCACACCUAUCUGCACCUCACCUUUCUAGCCCAUCUCAUGCUGCCCACCUAGAACAGCUUCAUGCAGGGCUACUUUCUCACUCUCAUCUCCAUCCAGCUGGAGCCUCCACACCAUCACAUCAUCCUGGCCUCUACUCUAGACUGGGACCUUUGCAUUCACAUUCUCAUGUACCUAAUGGCAUUCUAACCAAGACACCAAGUCUAGUUGGGGCAUUGUCAGUUGGGGCUCCACCUCCUCUCAUUCCAUCUGUGAACAGACCUUCUACUCCAAACCGUGGCUCCAGACAUGGUGGGGCAGGAGACUUGGCCCUUUUUGCCACACAUAAAGAUGGGGAGUCCAGAUAGUACUGAAUUACUGUGCUGAAACCACUCCUCACAAUGCAGGGUUCCGUAAGACACUCGGACAGAGCUAAGUUACAGUGACCAUACACAAGUGUUGAAUCGACCUGACUUUCCCAGGGCUGUUUGAUAUAUUUAUCCACUGUGCAAUUAAGGUACUCUCUUGCUGUGCCCUGGUUUGUAUGCAGGGUUUUCUUUACAAAGAGGCCUGUGGAUGUUCAAAGACUAUUAAUUACUACUAAUAUGAAGACCGAGAGAUGGAUCCAAAAUUGUAUACAGAGAUACAUUUAUGAGUUUUACACUUACAGUGGAGAAUCUUUUUCUCUAAGUGAACUCAAGGAAAGCCUUCUGUAGAAUUACAGUCUUGAGCUUUGCAUAUGAAGAAAGAUAAAUUGGACCCUGACUGAAAUAGUCAAGUAUUGAUUGUCUGAAUCAGCACUGUUGGGAAAUGUAUGAAUUUAAAGAAACACAAGGUCCACAUUCUGGCUUUAGAUUGUCAAGUCAACCAUCAAACAAUUUCCAUGAAAAUCAGAACGAACUUAAGAUUUAUUUUAUUUGUUAAAAAAUUAUUAUGAACUGUAUAUCUUGUUGGAUAAUAUUUUAAGAUUUAAAGGGAAAGAACUGUCUCCCAUUCAUUAGUCUGACUCGGUACAAGAGCUGGGCCAGAAUAUAGUAGAAUAGUGAAAUUGAUUUUGUAAUAAUUAUUGUUAACAUUACCUUCCAUAAUAAAUAUAUUCACUGUUUAUGUUAUAAUGUCACGUUUCAGGUCUCACCAAAUGCACUCCCUUGUUGAAAUGAGAUGAUUAUUGUCCAGCAAAGCACUACAUUGAUAUUGCUCUAAUAUAUUGGUUAUGUUGAUGCCAGUGUCCUAAGGAUGUAACAAUACCAGCCUCUACAGUGCAGAGAACUGAAUAUAUUUAUACUUUGGGAGAGGUGGGUGUUAUUUUUCUUUAAUCAAUGUUGAAGCCUGUGGAGGUCUCCAGGAAAACAAACAUCAUCCAAACAAACACUCAGAAUGACAUGCAGCAUUUAUCUACUGGACAAAAGGAGUGCACAUCUUGUAACUGCAGCUAAACUACAGGAUUAAAGGACUCUUAAAUAGAGAUACAGGACAUUCUGGAUUAAUUAUUUGAGCAAAAAAUAUUUUAUACAUUUUAAGUAUGUCCCCUCUCCCCCCUGAAAACCACAAAGAUUAAUUAUUAAACAAAUGGUUGGUUAUUUA